AAAACCAACUAAUCAAUCAUUCCCAAGGAGAGAGAUUGCCUUCUUCCUCACAGUCUCUGUUUUACAUCGUAGCAUCCAUAGCUCUCUCCCCAAUGCUCUCAAGGAAAACCCAUAAUAAAGAUAAUAUUUUUGGUGUUAACUGAAUUAUUUUGUCACACUACAUCAACACCAGUGUUGAGGAAGAUUUGGCAAUCACUUGCUGUGGACUCUGAUUUCUUAUCAAGGAUUCAUUUAUAUACUUGCCAUGGCAACCAAUGAAAAUCUUCCCCCAAAUGUGAUAAAGCAACUUGCAAAGGAAUUGAAAAGUCUUGAUGAAUCCCCUCCUGAAGGCAUUAAAGUUGGAGUGAAUGAUGAUGAUUUUUCAAUCAUUUAUGCUGAUAUUGAAGGCCCAGCUGGUACUCCUUAUGAAAAUGGUGUUUUCCGCAUGAAGUUGUUGUUAUCUCAUGAUUUUCCACAUUCUCCUCCAAAAGGUUAUUUUCUGACUAAGAUUUUCCAUCCAAACAUUGCUAACAACGGUGAAAUAUGUGUGAACACACUAAAAAAGGAUUGGAAUCCAAGUCUUGGAUUACGACAUGUCCUCAUUGUGGUCAGGUGUUUACUAAUUGAGCCAUUUCCUGAAUCAGCAUUGAAUGAACAGGCUGGCAAGAUGCUACUUGAAAAUUACGAUGAGUAUGCCAGGCAUGCCAGGCUUUACACAGGAAUCCACGCUAAGCCUAAACCCAAGUUUAAAACUGGAGCAAUUUGCGAAUCAACCACAGCACUGAACGUGGACCAGUCUAACACCUCAGUCCUCAAUGUUGACCAGAAAAAUGCAGCGGCUAGUGCUGCAUUAUCAAUGCCUCCCCCCGUGGCCUCAUCUGGUGCGGCCCCAAAAGGAGGAAAUAGCCAGGAUCAAGCAGCAACAACAGUUCCAACAUCCGAAACAAGUGUUAGUGGAGCUGUUUCCACAGCAACAACAGGCAUUACCCAGAAGAAGGAAUGGCCAACAAAAGUUCUGGGAGAAAAGAAGAAAAUGGAUGCCAGAAAGAAAAGUCUGAAGAGACUAUGAAAAAAUUGAAUCAACCAUUGUGAGUUUGCAACUUUUUUCUGUUAUCGAAAAGAGCCAUAAUACUGCCAGGCAUGAGAAAUUGGUUGUUUGCAUGUUGUGUAAUGGAUGCUUCAGUUUGGCAAAGUGAUGGAUUCUAUUAUGAGUUUCAUUUUUUUCAGGUUGGACUGCAUUGUUGUGCAGCCUGGGCAUUGAAAUUAUCAAAACAAAAAGGUAUAAAGCAAGUCGGGUGUU